AUGACUCCAAGCACGCGAACCGGCGACAGUUCUCGGUUCCCUCUAAGCGUGGAGAGCACUCCUGAAGACGAGCAGUAUACCUACGCUAGCUUAGGGUUGCCCGUGGGCCAGGACGUGCUGACCCAUAGCAUUGACGUGGGUCGCGGCAGGCGCGCUGUCGGAUUCAUAGGGAAGAUCUCCGAAGUGUCCUGGAUUGCACGGGCGUACUCCUACCUCACCGUUCCUGCCGCCGCCGACCUCGCCAUGCGAGAGAAUGUCUCCAAUUACACACCUGCAACACAGUUCAACUACUUCAUGGAUGAUGAGGACCUCUUGAGCCUGGACGAGGACUACGUCGAUGCGCUUCAUUGGCCGGGAGAUCUGACGGCCCGGAUCCUAUCCGAGGCAUUUUUCCACGCGCUUCAUGGUAAUUUUAACUGGUUUGCACGAGCGCGUUUUCUCGAAGAACUGGACAACUUUCCGUACAACCGCAUGCACCUCUCAUGGGCGCAGCGCAGGUGGCUUGCAGUUGCCAAUUUGAUGUGGGCCAUUGGGUCGAAGUGGUUGCACCACGCCAUGCUGGAUGAUGAACCGGGCAUGGAAUCCCAUUUGGUGUAUUAUGCUCGGGCUCGAGCACUGGGUCUCGACCAUAGGGUCAUGCUCGACAAUCCGGGUCUCGAUGGCAUCAACGCCUUAGGAAUGCUCUCCUUCUACCUCUUUACAAACGGCUCGGUCUCGAGAGCAUGGGUAUUGAUAGGGGUGGCAAUCAGGAACGCCACGUGUCUUGGUCUGCAUCUCAGGACUGUCGACGGGGCCCUGAGCCAGGCACAGCUUGAGGAGAGAGCUCGCUUGUGGUUUUCUCUCUACAGCCUCGAAGUGGCCAUGUCAGAGGUGUUGGGAAAACCGCCGUUAAUCCCUCUUGAAUAUACAGCGGUUCCCGUUGAACUCCUCAAGAGCGCUUCAGCCGAGGGUUCCCGCAGUGGCAACCACAAAGACGACACGAGGGGGCUCUGGUUGGAUUUCCUUCGCCGCAGGAGAGAGGCCAGCCAGACCAUGUGCGGAGGUCCUGUGCCGUCGCAAAAUUUUCAAUAUGUUGGGUACGGCCCUCCUCCACAGCAUACCUCUUGCAGGGCGCGCCUCUCGAUCAUCAGCAACCGUGUCAUGGCACAACUCUACAUGCCCCAACUGUCGCAUUCAUGGUCUUCGAUGCAGAAGAUAAUCACCGGCCUCAGUAUUCAGUUGGUCGGGUGA